CAUGGGCGAGAGAGACGGAAGGAGAAAGAGACUGUGGCGGAGCCUGGUGAUAGCGGCUAUUUGGCGGGUCGCAACACGGCAGCAUGCGGGUGGUGUCGCUCCGGGCGUGUGUGGGCACCACCUGAAUGGGUCUGAUCAUUGUGAAAAGGACCUACGACUCCUGCUUUCAAAGGAGCUACAAGGAGGUUUGCUGCAGAAAGGUAUAAAUCUACAUUUGGGAUAUUGGAUGUAUUGACUGGUUGCCUUGCUGUAAAGGUGACUUUUCUCCACUUUGGAAUAUGGUGCCUAACUUCAGCAUCACAGUUAUUGUGCCAGCAGUAGUUCUUUGCUGCUUGAUGUCAUCAACGGAAGCAGAUAGCAAGCCAAAUUUCAUGAAAACUCCUGAGGAUCAAAUUGGGAUUUCUGGAGGUGUGGCCUCCUUUGUAUGCCAAGCAACAGGGGAGCCAAAGCCACGAAUCACAUGGAUGAAGAAAGGAAAGAAGGUCAGUUCCCAACGAUUUGAGGUUAUUGAAUUUGAUGAUGGGUCUGGAUCAGUUCUACGCAUUCAGCCUCUGCGUGUCCUUCGGGAUGAAGCUAUCUAUGAGUGCAUGGCUACCAACAGUAUUGGGGAAAUAAACACCAGUGCCAAACUGACUGUCUUAGAAGAGAACCAGCUUCCCUCUGGCUUUCCGACCAUUGACAUGGGCCCACAGCUUAAGGUAGUAGAGAAAGCUCGCACUGCUACAAUGCUCUGUGCUGCUAGUGGCAACCCUGACCCUGAAAUCUCCUGGUUCAAAGACUUCCUUCCUGUGGAUACAGCCACUAGCAAUGGAAGAAUUAAACAGCUCCGUUCAGGGGCCCUGCAAAUUGAGAACAGUGAGGAGUCAGACCAAGGCAAAUAUGAAUGUGUCGCUACAAACAGUGCAGGGACCCGCUACUCUGCUCCAGCCAACCUUUAUGUGCGAGUGCGGCGAGUGUCACCUCGAUUUUCAAUUCCUCCAAGUGACCACGAGGUGAUGCCUGGAGGGAGCGUGAACCUCACAUGUGUAGCUGUGGGAUCCCCAAUGCCCUAUGUGAAGUGGAUUGUUGGAGAUGUUGAGCUGACAAAAGAAGAUGACAUGCCAAUGGGCAGGAAUGUUCUAGAGCUGAUCAAUAUCACACAGUCAGCCAACUACACCUGUGAAGCCAUGUCCUCACUGGGUGUUAUCCACGCAACUGCACAAAUCACUGUCAAAGCAUUGCCAAAGCCACCAACGGAACCAUUAGUGACUGAGACAACAGCAACCAGUGUGACUCUAACAUGGGACUCAGGAAAUGCUGAACCUAUCUCCUACUACGUUAUUCAGUAUAAGCCCAAGACACUGGAAGGGACUUUCCAAGAAGUGGAUGGUGUGGCAACAACCCGCUAUAGUAUCGGUGGACUGAGCCCAUUCUCAGAAUAUGAGUUCCGUAUUAUUGCUGUAAACAAUAUUGGCAGGAGUCUCCCCAGUGAACUGGUUGAGGCACGGACAGGAGAGCAAGCUCCAUCAAGCCCACCACUCAAAGUAAAAGCACGGAUGCUGAGUGCCAGCACCAUGUUGGUUCAGUGGGAACAUCCUGAAGAGCCCAAUGGACUGAUCCGAGGUUACCGGGUGUACUAUACCAUUGAUCCACACCUGCCACUCAGCAUGUGGCAGAAACACAACACUGAUGACAGUCUUCUCACCACCGUGGGCAGCUUGAUAACAGGGACUACCUACAGUAUCCGUGUCUUGGCUUUCACCUCAGUAGGAGAUGGGCCCCCUUCUGAUGUCAUCCAGGUCAAGGCCCAACAGGGUGUUCCAGCCCAGCCAGCUGACUUCCAGGCUGAGGCAGAGUCUGACACAAGGAUCAUGCUGACUUGGCUGCCAGCAUCUCAGGAACGCAUCACCAAAUAUGAGCUGGUGUUCUGGGAAGCUACAGAUGCGAUCGAGCAUAAGGUGGAGUUUGACCAGACCUCAUCGUACGCAGUUGAAGGGCUCAAGCCAGACACACUGUACAAGUUCAAGCUGGGAGCCCGCUCUGAGCUGGGCUUGGGGGUCUAUACUCCAGUUUUGGAGGCCCGAACAGCACAGUCCACCCCUUCUGCCCCACCCCAAGAGGUCGUGUGUGUAAGCACCAGCUCAACCACCAUCCGGGUAAGUUGGGUACCACCACCGGCUCAAAGCCGCAAUGGAGUCAUCACGCAGUAUUCCAUCGCGUACCAGGCGAUAGAAGGAGAGGACAACACCAAACAUGUGGUUGAGGGAAUUGGACACGAGCAUUCCAGCUGGGAGAUCCACAAUCUGGAGAAAUGGACAGAGUACAAAGUGUGGGUGAGGGCUCACACAGAAGUGGGUCCAGGGCCAGAGAGCAACCCAGUCUGGGUUCGUACUGAUGAAGACGUGCCCAGUGCUCCACCACGGAAAGUAGAGGUGGAGUCUGUCAACUCAACAGCCAUUCGGGUCUCCUGGAAAUCGCCCAUUUCCAACAAACAGCAUGGCCAAAUCCGAGGCUAUCAAGUAACCUAUGUGAAGAUGGAGAAUAAUGAGCCAGUCGGACCACAUCUUAUCAAAGAUGUCAUGGUGGCAGAGUCUCAGUUGAGGGUUAAGGACUCUGUUGACCACGAAACCAUCAUAGGAGGCCUUUUUCCUGAAACUACCUAUUCUAUCAACAUUGCAGCCUAUACUACUAAAGGGGACGGGGCUCGCAGCAAGGCCAAGGUGAUAACUACAAGUGAAGCAGUCCCAGGCAAACCUAACAUGAUGAUUAGUACUACAUCCAUGAAUACAGCCUUAAUCAAUUGGCACCCACCCAGAGAGAUGGUCGGGGAGCUCCUGGGAUACAUGCUACAAUACAAACGUGCUGAUGAGGAAAAGAUGACUGUCCUCAACUUUGGGAAGAAUGUCCAUCACCACACUGUGUCCAACCUUUACAAGGGUGCCACCUACAUCUUCAAGUUGUCUGCCAAAAAUAGGGUUGGUCCUGGGGAGGAGUUUGAGAAGGAAAUCACUACUGCAGAAGAGGUGCCAAGUGGCUUCCCCCAGAACCUACAUGUGGUCGGGCUGACCACUUCUACCACUAAAGUGACCUGGAAUCCACCACUGCUGGCCGAGAGGAAUGGAAAAAUAACCAACUACACAAUUGUGUACAGAGACAUUAACAGCCAGCAGAAUUUGACCAAUGUUACUAAGGAAACAAGCAUCACCCUGGCCAACCUCAAACCUGACACAACCUAUGACAUCAAAGUUAGAGCGCACACUAGCAAAGGAGCUGGGCCCCUCAGUCCCAGUAUUCAAUCCAGGACAAUGCCAAUGGAACAAGUGUUUGCAAAGAACUUCCGUGUCAGUGCUGUGAUGAAAACAUCAGUGCUACUUAGUUGGGAGGUGCCAGACUCUUAUAAAUCUGCAGUACCUUUCAAGAUUCUAUACAAUGGCCAGACUGUGGAGGUAGAUGGCCACUCCAUGAAGAAGCUGAUCAGUGACCUACAGCCAGACACCAACUACUCCUUUGCACUCACAAACCGAGGAAGCAGUGCUGGGGCAUUGCAGCAUCGGGUCUUCAUCCGGACAGCACCUGAUGUCCUUCAGAGCAAGCCCAUUUCCACAUACAAAUAUAUCCAUAAUGGGCAAUUUACCAUCACUCUCCCCAGAGUGAAGACUUCUGUGCCAGUCAGGUGGUACUACAUUGUGGUUGUGCCAAUUGACCACACAAGCAACAUACUUUCCUCCAGUUUGAGGACUCCAGAUGAGAUGGAACUGGAUCAGUUACUUGAGGCCAUAAACCAAGGGACCCCAGACAGACGUCAGCGUCGGCAAGCAGAACACCUCAAGCCCUACAUUGCUGCCCAAAUGGAUGAACUGCCAGACACCUUUGUCUUGGGGGACGAAAAGAACUAUAAAGGCUUCUAUAAUAAGCCACUUUCAGAAGACCUGAGUUACCGUUGUUUUGUGUUGGCUUCUCUAGAAGAUGGUGAUACGAAGAAGUAUGCGGCCAGCCCCUAUUCAGAUGAGAUUGUGAUGGAGGUAUCAGCAAAACAGCAGGACGAACCAGAGAUGCUGUGGGUGAUGGGUCCUGUCUUGGCUGUCAUCUUAAUUAUCAUCAUUGUCAUUGCUAUCCUGCUCUUCAAAAGGAAAAGGGCCAAUUCACCUACCUCUAAGGAUGAACAUUCCAUUGGCCUGAAGGACUCCCUGCUGGCCCAUUCCUCUGACCCUGUUGAAAUGAGACGGCUCAACUACCAAACACCAGGUGCCAGUGGCCCCAGUUGCCUGAAUAUCUCAAGUAUGCGCGACCACCCUCCCAUUCCGGUGACAGACCUCGCUGACAACAUUGACCGGCUGAAGGCCAAUGAUGGGCUGAAGUUCUCCCAGGAAUAUGAGUCUAUUGAUCCUGGACAGCAGUUCACCUGGGAGAACUCCAACCUAGAAGUGAACAAACCAAAGAACCGCUAUGCAAAUGUAAUUGCCUAUGACCACUCUCGUGUCAUUCUGAUCUCCAUUGAUGGGGUCCCUGGAAGUGACUAUAUCAAUGCAAAUUACAUCGAUGGCUACCGCAAGCAGAAUGCCUACAUUGCUACACAGGGGCCUCUGCCAGAAACACUCAGCGACUUCUGGAGGAUGGUGUGGGAACAGCGCACAGCCACGAUCGUCAUGAUGACCCGGCUGGAGGAGAAGUCUCGGGUAAAGUGUGACCAGUACUGGCCAGGCCGUGGUACGGAGACCUAUGGAUUGAUCCAGGUGACACUGCUUGACACAGUUGAACUUGCAACAUACACCGUCCGGACAUUUGCACUCAACAAGAAUGGGUCCAGUGAAAAGCGGGAGCUGCGUCAGUUCCAGUUUAUGGCUUGGCCUGACCACGGUGUGCCAGAGUACCCCACCCCUAUCUUAGCCUUCCUGAGACGAGUGAAAGCCUGCAAUCCUCCUGAUGCUGGCCCAGUGGUUGUGCACUGCAGUGCUGGUGUGGGCAGGACAGGCUGCUUCAUCGUGAUUGAUGCCAUGCUUGAGAGAAUGAAGCAUGAGAAGACAGUGGACAUCUAUGGGCACGUGACAUGCAUGCGCUCACAGAGGAACUAUAUGGUGCAGACCGAGGAUCAGUAUAUCUUCAUCCACGAGGCCUUGCUUGAAGCAGCCACCUGUGGAAAUACUGAGGUGCCUGCACGCAACCUCUUUGCGCAUAUCCAGAAGCUGAACCAGGUACCUCCAGGCGAGAGUGUCACAGCAAUGGAGCUGGAAUUUAAGCUUCUCGCCAACUCUAAAGCACAUACCUCACGAUUCAUCAGUGCCAAUCUCCCCUGCAACAAAUUCAAAAACCGUCUGGUAAAUAUCAUGCCAUAUGAGCUGACACGGGUUUGCCUGCAGCCAAUCCGGGGUGUGGAGGGCUCCGAUUACAUCAAUGCCAGCUUUGUUGAUGGUUACAGGCAGCAGAAGGCCUACAUUGCCACCCAGGGACCCCUGGCUGAGACCACAGAAGAUUUCUGGCGUAUGCUGUGGGAGCACAAUUCCACCAUUGUGGUGAUGCUGACCAAGUUGCGAGAGAUGGGACGGGAGAAAUGCCAUCAGUACUGGCCAGCAGAGCGCUCAGCUCGAUACCAGUACUUCGUGGUGGAUCCCAUGGCUGAAUACAACAUGCCUCAGUAUAUCCUGCGUGAGUUCAAAGUCACUGAUGCCAGGGACGGACAGUCGAGAACCAUCCGACAGUUCCAGUUCACUGACUGGCCUGAGCAGGGAGUACCAAAAACAGGCGAAGGCUUCAUUGACUUCAUUGGCCAAGUCCAUAAAACCAAGGAACAAUUUGGCCAGGAUGGGCCUAUAUCUGUACAUUGCAGUGCUGGAGUCGGACGCACUGGAGUGUUCAUCACAUUAAGCAUUGUGCUGGAACGCAUGCGCUACGAAGGCGUGGUUGACAUGUUCCAGACCGUGAAGACCCUGAGGACACAGCGGCCAGCCAUGGUGCAAACAGAGGACCAGUACCAGCUAUGCUACCGGGCUGCGCUGGAGUACCUUGGCAGCUUUGAUCACUAUGCAACGUAACUAGUGCUUUCGGCCAGUUGCAGCAGGAAUGUCCAAGAGCAGAGACGGGUUCUUCCCAGCCAGCCGCCCAUUUGUUAGUCCUUCUGUGCAGAUGUUGCUGCUGCGGCAACAGCCUCCCUACGAUCGACCAGUUUUGACCACAGUAUUUAGGUACAUUGCCACAGCGCCAAACGUGGGACCAUCUUCUAGCAUUUCCUAGCUCCAGAUUAAUUUUUGUCAGUGUCCCCACUCCUGCUCCUCCUCUUGAUAGCAUUUCAUGGUGAGAGUCACUGGGUGGAUGGAAUGGGAUCUUUUAUAUAUGUAAAAUAGUAACUAGCCUUUUAUAUCUUUUUUUUUAAUUCUUUUGCAAGUCUUAAUGUUUUGCUCAGGCAAAACAGGAGAAUGGAGGUGGUGGGGUUUGAAUUUCCUUUUGCUUUCCCCCCUUACUCUUUUGUUGUCUCAACCAUAGUGGUGCUGCCCAUUUUCGGGCAGUGCCAGGUUAAUAUUCGUGGCUGGCUCACAGCUCUGGGACCCUUCCUCUUUACUCCUUUGUAGAAUAAUUCAAUUUUACAGAGUUGGAGCCAACUUAAUGAUUGUUCCAAAAGCCUUUUUUUCCAUAGGCCCGUCUGUCAGGUGGGACUCCAGCAGCUAUCCGAUGCUUUGUCCUAUUGACAUGUGUCCAGUGACCUCAUAUAUGUCAGCAGAUCCCAUGUGAACUUUCUGUUUGAGGGAAAGACCCACUGCCCUGCCAUCCCCUUUUGUUCAGAGGGGGAAAUAGGUGGCACUCUUGCCACUCGCAAAAGCAAGUUCCCAAAAGGGACCUGACCACAGACACACAUUUAUUUAGUCCUUUUUGUGCCAGUAGCAUCCUGAGGUGCUGUCGCCUAGGCAACUGUGGCCAACCGAGUGUGUUAGAGCAUCUCCCAAGGUGAAAGAGCACAAGUCUGGGAAGCCCAGCCUUCCUGCACAAACAACCCCAGGGUGGGGGUGCCUUGGUUAAUGGGGGAGGUGGGGGGGAAUCAGGGUUCUUCAGGUAAGGAAAUCUGUUCUCAGAGACUGGGUGUGGCUAUAAUUUCUGCUAUCCUGUAAACAUUUAAAAGUCAUUAGAAUGCUGUAUUUUCCACUACAACAGAAUGGUCUAAUUAACCAAUGUGGCAAGACUACUGGACUUAAUUUAACAGUACUAUAUAUUAAUAAUCCUCAUUAUCUCACACUUGCACUAAAGGCAGGGAGAUUACAGCCUUCUCCCAGGUGCAUAGCUCUUUGAAUAAAGGUGGUGGAAAGGUCUCUAACUGUAUUAUCCAAUGUAUCCAAAUUGCAUUGAAAUCAACAAUCCUGGGUGGUGACGUUGAAGAGAACAUUCAUUUUUACCUUGUGAAAGCAUAGUGCUGUAGGGGUCACUGUUGUAUACAGUCUGUUUUCUAUUUGUUAAUAAAAAUCUACAGCAUCAUUGCAUAAUUCUUGAUGUUAAUAAAUUUGAAUAAUCGG